AUGGCGAGGCUGCUGCUGGGGCUCUCGCUCCUGGCCAUGGCGCUCGGGCUCGGCUGCUGCGCUUCCAUCGCCCCGGCCCCUGAGCCCUCCGCCUCCGAGCCCUCCGUCUCAGACGACGUGCGUGCGCUCCUCGCCUUCAAGCGAGCCAUCGACGGCGACCCUCGCGCCCAGCUCUCCGACUGGAACUCCAGCGAGCCGGAUCACUGCUGGUGGUCCGGCGUCUGGUGCUCGCUCUCCGACGGCCGUGUGGUGGCGCUGGAGUUGUCAAACUCAUCUCUCUCGGGGUUCCUUGCACCAGAGAUUGGAUCCUUGACUUCUCUGCAAAAACUCAUAUUGGAUCACAAUGCAUUCACGGGCUCGAUACCGAGAGAAAUCGGCAAGUUAAAGAACCUUACAGUGCUGAAUCUCAGCACAAAUCAACUGGAGGGGCCCAUUCCAAGUGAGACCGGUGACAUGGAAAACAUCACAACAAUAGACCUUCACGCGAAUCGGUUGAGUGGCGCCAUCCCUCCUGAGCUCGGUAAGCUGACAAACCUCAAGGAGCUACGGUUGAGCAACAACAGCCUCACAGGGACUAUUCCUGGAAGUAAUGAUUCCAUCAUGGUGUCCACCAACAAAGAAGAUCAAGUUGGUUUGUGUCAGUUAGCUCAGCUAACUGAUAUAGACCUCUCAGAUAACCUUUUAACUGGAGGUAUUCCUGCGUGCUUCAGGCACAUCCAAAGAUCAAGAAUGGCAGGGAAUUGCUUCCAGAACAACGACACAAUGAAUCGCCCUGACUGGCAAUGUGGAAACAGCACGGAUGCAGGCAAAGACAACAACAGUAUUGGUGAAGAUGGGCGGAGAGGAAGAGUGAUACAGCCACUGUGGCUCCUCAUUGUGGAAGUCGUGACAGGAGUUUCAGUGCUCUCCAUUUUAACACUCUGUGCCAUCGCUGGUCUCAGAAGACGCAAAGAUAGAUCCUCCAGGAGAGGUGUUCCAUGGACAAGAGCGUUAAGCUGGAAGGAAACCAACGUGAUCUCAAUCGAUGAUGACCUGCUGGGGAAUGUGCCGAAAAUAAGCCGGCAAGAGCUCGCCGAGGCCUGCGAAGACUUCAGCAACAUAAUUGGGUCCUCCCACGAGACGGUGGUGUACAAGGGGACCAUGAAGGAUGGCCGGGAGAUCGCCGUCGUGUCGAUGUCGGCUCCGGUGCAUUACUGGACGAACUACGUCGAGCUUUAUUUUCAGAAGGAGGUGGUAGAAGUGGCGAGACUGAGUCACGAAAACGCGGCGAAGAUGGUGGGAUACUGCAAGUCGUCCGAUCCGUUCUCGAGAAUGGUGGUCUUCGAGUACCCACCCAACGGGACGCUCUACGAGCAUCUCCACGAUGUGGAAGGGUGUCAGCUAUCCUGGCCGAGGCGGAUGAAGAUAGCGCUGAGCAUCGCGCGCGUCCUCAGAUACCUGCACACCGAGCUGCAGCCGCCGUUCGCCGUCGCCGCGCUGGCGUCCAGCUCCAUCUAUCUGACUGAAGACUUCUCACCCAAGGUCGUUGACUUCGAGAGGUGGAGGGGUCUCGUGGGCAAACCCCUCCUCAGCUCCGGCUGCGUGGUGAACGGCGGCGGCGGGCAUUCCAACGGCGUCGUGGACUCCCGGCACGUGCGCUUCAUGGACGUCCAGGCCAACACCUUCGCCUUCGGGGUGAUCCUCCUGGAGCUGAUCAGCGGCAGGGCCUCGCUCUCCAAGGACACAGACGACCUGGUGAACUGGGGCGAGGAAGCACUUGGAGCAGCCGGGGGAGUUUGGCAAGCUGGUGGACCCGAAGCUGAGGAGCGUGAGCCAGGAGAGCCUGGGCAUCAUCUGCAACGUGGUGAACCUGUGCAUCGACGCCGAGCCGUCGCGGAGGCCCUCCAUGAACAUGAUCGGGGCCAUCCUCGAGGAAGGCGUCGACACGUCCGUCAGGGACUCCUCACUGGCCUGGGCGGAGGCGGCCAUCUCCUAGAUAGAUGCCUUUUGCUUCGCUGCUGUCGCGCGUAUGGUGUGUGUGUGUAUGUGUGUGUGUGUGUGUGUGUUUUGACGGGCGCUGCUGUCGUGUGUUCAUAA